CUCUGCUCCCCCGUCACUCACUCCUGCAACCCGCGAGCCAGAGAAUUGCAGGCAAAGGGGAGCUCCUGCUGCCACCCGCUAGCUGGCUUUUUAAUCGCUCUGCCCAGCCGGCGACUGGCGAUUUCCCCGUCGCUCCUGGUCCGAGCGGGGCGUUGAAGAGCUGCCGCCAAGCGACUGCCGCGGGGGAGGGACGGAGGUAGCCGGGCUUCCAGCGUGAGGCUGUCAUGGCGUCGACGCGGUUGCCUCCGAUCACGCUGACUCUGAAGCAGUUCUUGAGAAGGCAGCAAGUUCUUCAGUUAUACAGAAAAAUUCUUCAGGCUAUUCGUCAGGUACCCAGUGAAGCUGAUCGUCAUUAUCUGAGAGACUGGGCAAGGUCAGAAUUCAAAAGAAAUAAAGGUGCUACAGAAGAGGAUACAAUCAGGAUGAUGAUUACUCAAGGGAACAUACAGCUUCAAGAACUUGAGAGAACUCUGAAAUUGGCAAAAUCCUAGCCUUAAUUGUGAAAUACAAUAUUAUUUUAAUGCAGCUUCCUCCAGAAUACAUUGGAUGUGGAGGGACUUCUCAAAGAGCCAAAAAGUGUUGCUUAUACAGACUGUUGUCAGUGAGAAAGCUGAUCUUGAUACGAUUCGGCUAUGAUGGGCAGAAAUCUGUAAAGAAAUACUGGGAAUGGACAUUGGCUAAACUUGACUUAGA